UCUACUGCGCAGACUCAGUGGGAGUGAAAAGGAGGCAUUUUCAACAGAGGCGCAGAAAAAGCCCGCAGAACUCAUCAUGGCUGAGAAUAACCCCGAGCCCGACAUCAAGGUCGAACUGGAAGAAUCUCCAGACGCGUCUCCGAUCGAAGACGACGCCGAGACGCAUCAGGAGAGCACCAAUGGCGUCAAAACUGAUGCAGAGGAGAACCAGAAGGACAAAACCGAGGGCAAGGAGAAAUCGUCUAGUGGUCGGAAGUCCAGUCGUUAUCACCCCUAUAAGGACCGACACGGGGGGUCGGGGGACAAGAAGUCGUCUCAGCGCAACCGCGUGUUCAUUAGCAAUAUUCCUUAUGAUAUGAAGUGGCAGGCAAUUAAAGAUCUAAUGAGAGAGAAAGUUGGUGAGGUUACAUACGUGGAGCUGUUUAAGGAUGCUGAAGGAAAGUCAAGGGGCUGUGGGGUGGUUGAGUUCAAAGAUGAGGAGUUUGUGAAGAAAGCGAUCGAGGUGAUGAACAAGCAUGACCUCAAUGGCCGACCCCUGAACAUUAAAGAGGACCCAGAUGGAGAGCAUGCACGACGUGUGUUGCAGCGAGGUGGAGGUGGCUACCCCGGGGGCAGGGGGCAUGAUGGUGGGCCAGGCCAGGUCAACCUACCUCCCUCCAUCUCCAACAACCCCAACAUCCCCCAUGACAUCAUCAGCGCUCUGCAGCAUGGCCGACUCGGCUCCACGGUGUUCGUCGCUAACCUGGACUUUAAGGUGGGCUGGAAGAAGCUGAAGGAGGUGUUCAGCAUGGCUGGAGUGGUGAAGAGAGCUGAUGUGAAGGAGGAUAAAGACGGGAAGAGCAGAGGAAUGGGAACAGUCACCUUUGAACAGCCGCUGGAGGCUGUGCAGGCCAUCUCCAUGUUUAAUGGUCAGAUGCUGUUCGACAGACAGAUGCACGUCAAAAUGGAUGAUAAGUCUUUGCCCCCUGAUGAUUUCCGCUCGGGUGAUAAAGCCCCUCAGUUGCCAAGAGGUCUGGGGGGUAUCGGGAUGGGUCUGGGUCCUGGUGGGCAACCAAUCAACACCAACCGUCUGAGUGGAGGAGGAAUGGGCUCCAUGGGUCCUGGAGGGAUGGAUGGAGGUGGGUUCGGAGGAAUGAACAGAAUGGGAGGAUUUGGAGGGAUGGAUGGAGUUGGAUUGGGUGGAUUUGGAGGUAGAGACAUGACACCCAUGGGCAGGAUGGGAGAUAUGUACAGGUCUGGUAUGGGGAUGAUGGACCGUGAUUUUGGGCGCAGUGAUAUGGGCAUGAACAGAUCCUUUGGAGAGUCGUUUGGGGGACUUGGUGGAGGAAUGGGAGGAUAUGGAGGAGGAGGAGGAGGAGGAGGAGGAGGAAUGGGGAACUCUAGCAUGGGCCCAAUAGGGACAGGAUUAGGAGGAAUGGGGAACAUGGGAAUGGACCGGAUGAGUGGGUUUGACAGGAUGGGUGGGAAUAUGGAAAUGAGCCGCAGCUUCAGCCAAUUCGGAGGCAGCUCAGGUCACGUAGGUGGAGAUAGAGGAGCGGGGUCAAAGGGAGGAUGCCAGAUAUUUGUGAGAAAUCUUUCCUAUGAUCUCACAUGGCAGAAGCUGAAGGAGAAGUUCAGCCAUUGUGGUCAGGUGAUGUAUGCUGAGAUCAAGAUGGAGAACGGGAAGUCUAAGGGCUGUGGGACCGUGCGGUUCGACUCUCCCGAGAGCGCUGAGCAGGCCUGCAGGAUGAUGAACGGAACCAAAAUAAAUGGCCGAGAGGUGGAUGUGCGCAUCGACCGUAACGCCUAAACACACGCACGCACACCAUCCCGUUGUCCACAUUCAUCCCUUUAAGAGUUUUUGUUUUGUUUUAGAAACACUUUUUUUUCUAAAUAUUUGGACUGUUUUUUUUUUUUUCCUCUCUCUCUCACACACACAGACUCUCUCACUCACACACACACACACACACACACACACACACACACACACUACAAUGAAUCAGCAGACCUGGCCAUAGAUGAGAUGUUUGCUUAUACACCAUGACUACUUCUUAUUUUUCCCUUUUCUUUUGUAAACUCUUUUAAUUUGUGCAUCAGUUUAUUUGAAUGACGAAAUGAAAUAAACUUUUUAAUUUUUAA